AUGAGAAGAUUAAUAAUUAGAUUCCGAUUUUCAGAAUAAGUUUAAGUCUAAUAGCCAAAAUAAUUAAAAAGAUUUUAUAAGGAAGCAACAGUUGAAAUGGCCACAAAUCCAACUAAUCCAUAUCAUUAAUGGCUAGUGAAAGUAAAUAAAUAUAUUAUAUCAAAUUAGUUAGAUGGAAAGACAGUCAAAACUCCUUAUAAGAAUACACUAGCUGUGCCAUCCCCUCAAUUAGCAUCCUUUAUUGCUCAUGAAUUUAAUAUGCAAACAGAUAAUAUAAGACCAACUACUAUGCCAUUAUUAAAUUUAGCUAAGAAUGCAAUUGAUAUUGAAGCAGAUGAUAGGAUAAGAUAAUUUAUGGAAUAAUCAAUUAUUAGCUAUUUAGAAAGGGAUACUGUAUUAUUUAGAGAGAAUCCAGAUACUAAAUUAUAUAAAAUUUAAUAGGAGAAGUUAGACCCAUAAUUGAAAAUUUUUAAUGAGAAAUUUGGAUUGUAUUUGAAAACGAAUUUUGGAUUAAAUAUUGAACCUUUGAAAUAAUAAGAUCAAAUAAGAAUUGAAACAAUAGUGAGUGAAUUAAAUAAUUGGUAAUUAGUAAGUUUAGAUGCAAAAGUUGGUAUUAAUAUUAAUAAAAAUAGAAAAUCUAAAAUCAUGUAUUUUAGCACUACUUAUUUGGAAUAAUCAUUUGGAAGUAGAGGAGGCAGUGAAGUUUUCAAGACUAGAAGAAGAUUUCUAAACUGCAUUGUUUGGAAAAGUAGAAGGUCAUCAUGAUUAUGAUGAGAAUACUAUAAUGAUGAAUGUAUCUGCUUCAAAAUUAUUUGCAUAAUUGAUUUAGACAUAAAGUAUUGCCUAUUGA